AUGGAAUAUAGCAAUUGGGAUGGAAGUAGAUUUGAAAUGUUUCAUAACGAUCAUUACUCGGCAACUAAAGCGGAGGGUGAGGCGUUGGUUAUUAAGGCUAACGGGACUGGUGGACUACUAACUUGCUGCAUACGCCCUAGCAGUAUUUUUGGACCUGGUGAUAAACUCUUGGUACCGUCAUUGGUUGAUGCUGCCAGGGCGGGGAAAUCCAAGUUCAUUAUUGGUGAUGGCAAUAAUGUAUAUGAUUUCACAUAUGUUGAAAAUGUGGCGCACGGCCAUAUAUGUGCUGAUCGAGCUUUAGCUUCAGAGGGAAGCGUUUCCGAAAAAGCUGCAGGACAGGCAUACUUCAUCACAAAUAUGGAACCUAUAAAGUUUUGGGAAUUCAUGUCUUUGAUUUUGGAAGGUCUUGGAUAUUAA